AUGCCAUUUGAGGCACCGAAUCCGCUAAUUAGCAGAAUGGAGGAGGACACUUCUGUGUCUGAACUGUUGCGUAAAAGAGAGGAACUCCUACGGCUGUUACAGGAGGAAGACGAAGACGUCGAUUACGAAGUUGAAGACGGAGAGUCAGAGGAAGAGGAAGAUGGAGGAGUGGAUGGAAAUGGUGCGAAAGAAGAAGAACAGAUGUCGCAGGAUAAAGACACAACAGAAGACGCUCUGCCUCCAUCUCCCAAACGUAUCCGACUGAAUAAUGUCGACGAUGAGAUUUCGAAUAGUUCUUUGCCUGAAAAUCAAUGGGAAGGCAGGAAUGGGACUUGUCCGUAUAAGGCUUCAUCUGACUUCGCUCCAGCGGGUGAUGCGUCUGGAUCAUGCUCGCAAAAUGCUGUGGAAGAUGACCAAGAAGCACUUGACGGAGAAGAAGAAGUGGAUGCUGAAGAAUUGGAUGUUCACAACAUUCUUGAGGAAGCUGUCGAUAAAAUCAAAAAGGAAGCUGCUGAUGCUGAGUCUGCACGUAUUGUGUGGAAAUAUGUGCCGGAACGAAUUGAACACGAUCAUUUCAUGAAUCUGCCUGAAGGAUGGACGCGCAUCACUCAUAACAGCGGCAUGCCUGUUUACCUACAUCGCAAGUCCCGUGUGGUGUCACUUUCUAAGCCCUAUUUUAUUGGCACGCAAGGAGUCCGAGAUCAUCCGAUACCCGUAACAGGAAUUCCUUGCCUUCAUCAGCGAAGGAUCAUGGAAAGAGAUGCCGCUCUUGCCGCGGAGGCGGAACGUCAGAAGAAGGAUGAGAAUGAGGCUCCAGAAGCCACCCUCGAGAACGAAAUCAAACAGAAACUAAUAGCUCCAGCUGUGAAAAUUGAGCGCCAAGAAGAUUACUUACUCACCGGUGAAGAGUAUCGAAAGUAUGCUGAAAAACUCUUUAAAUUUAAACUAAUUCAGGUGAAAAAGUUCACCAACUUCAAGGACAAAAAAGCAGAUUAUCGUGAGAAGCAACUCGAUCAAGCUCUGAAAGAUUCAGGUGUGCCUCUAAAAAUGAAGGAAGUAUUGAAUAAGAAUGAGAAGGCACCAGCGGGUCUGGCUUUGAUCCACAUCGAAUCCGCUGAUCCGCGUUUUCAUAAGCGUAGCUUCGUUAUGAAUCCACAAGGAAAAUCAUCUAUAACGGUGCUACACGAAUACUCACAACGAGCCUUGAAAGGUCGAACUAUUUAUCACAUCGAAGAGACGAGGAACGCAACUAAGCCAUUCCAUGCUACGGGUAUUGUAGUAGUCAAGAAAUCUGUGCGGGUUCAAAUUGCUGGUACUGUCAAAGAUAAACUAGCUUUAUUAGGAGCCAGCAAUGGUGAAAACGGGGAUAAUGCUGACGAAGAUUCCAUAAUUGUCGGUCGUGGCGAAGGACCAAGCAAACGGGUCGCGAAAAUGGUGGCUGCAAAACAGGCACUCGCGGUAUUGAUCCCGGAGAUAAGAUUUAAUGAUGAUUACAUGGCUACGAUUCAACCUCCAGAUGCCACUGAAAAGAAUUACGAUGACCAGGCUAUUGCACUCUUUGACGAAUUGCCCAUCGAAGAUCCGCGCAUCUCUGAUCUCGCUGUGCGCACUUGUCUACCGAAGCCGAUGAUUCUUCUGAAAACCGCUUUGCUGCGAUCUAUAAAACUAUGCCGAGAGGUCCCGUCGACGAAGGUGGAAUUGUUGGGGCCAAUGAAAACGAAGGUGACUAUGACUGUUGGAGAGCUAACUGCCGAGGUGGUUGCAUGUGGCAGCAAAGUUGGUCAACAACGUGCAGCGCAAAAUUUGCUGAAGCAAAUCCAUCCACAGGUUUCCACAUACGGCGGUCUUUUACGAAUUUAUGCUAAUCCUGACGAAAAGGAAGAACAGCGCGAGACAAGAAAACUACAGGCUGAGCUUGUCCAACUGCAAAAUCAGACGAAGGGUUCCGCAGAUUCAAAGAAAGCAGGUAAAGCAAAAGCAGGAUCGAACUCAGACUGCUUGAAGACGGCAGCCAUGGAAGCACGUGAAAAAGCAGAGAAAGCCAGGGAACGCAUGGAGAAGCUCAAAGGUAAAGCGGCGGAAGCGAAGGAAGUAGCCGACAAGUUGAAGGCGAAAGCUGAAAGUGCCAAAAGAGCCGCAGAUCGUGCGGCUUCCAAGCUGGAUCGGGAAAAAGCGCGAGCUGCCACAGCAAAAUGGUGCAAAGUCACAGAUCAGUACAAGAAAGCAAACAGAAGGGCAGGAAAACUGAAGUCUUUGGCGGAGAAAGCGACAAAGAAGUACAAGAAGCGGCAAAAGAAAGCAGACAGACCGUUAGAGAAAAAGAAAUGGGAGCGAAUCAGAGAAAAGACGAAAAACAAUCGCUCGGAUGCCAAUGAGGCUGUACUAGCUUUGCUUCGUAAAGAGAUGGCUCGUAUCAAGGAGCGUCCUAUGACUCGCACCUACAUGUAUGCUACAAAAGCUUUGAUCAAAUAACCCUCGUUUUCACUUGCUUCCAACUCUUACUCUUAUGUGCAAUCUCUCAAUCUCUUUUCUAAAGCGAUAUCAAGUUUUUCAAUGUUACUGGGCAAUCAAGUGUCCGCCACGCAAAAAAAUUCCAAGCUGAAAAUGUCAUCCUCAAUUUUCUGCAGUGAAAUCUAGGUAAUGAUUCAAAACUGUCAUGAUCGUCUCGAUGGCAGGCAAACAUAAAAUAUGUUAAAAUAAGUUCCUUCGCGCUCUGCUCAAAUCUAGCUCAUAAAAGUGAACACUUGUUGGGCAUUCGGAAUACGGGCACUCGUUAUUGUCUAGAAAAAUCGCGCACAUUGUUAGGUUAAGUAUCUGUUCACAUUUUUUUCAUACUCUCUGAUCGACAGCACAUGAUGCUGUCGUGAGAAGGCACCAGGUUCAGUAACUCUUCACUGAGUUUUUGGAUGAUUAUCUAUAAUAUGUUGUCACAGUCAAUUUUAAGGGUUUUAAUUCUUUCCAUUUCCACUCUGAUCUUUAUAUUGUCAUCUACGUGUAUACUAUGGCCUUCUGGUUUGAUGGUUACUUUGUUUUUACACACUUUUGAUGCUGUCCAACAUUUUGAUUUACGCGU